CGUAUAUUUAUGGCUCGCCUGCUUUCUUGGAGCUCGCAGCCACUACUUGAAUCGGGCACCCGUGUUGAGAUUACUUUGACGCCUCAAGGCCAAGGAAAACAGCAGAAGGUGAGACUUCAAGUCGGCUGCGGGUGUCGCGCACAGAUACAGAUCCAGACUGCUUGACUGUACAGAGAGCUGUCUAAUGGUCUCCUGGCCAGGGCUGUCUGUGUGAGAACAGGAUCUUAGAAGAGAAGAGCAGACACUUGCCGGUAGAGAAGAGUUUGACACAGAGAAUGGCCUCCGCCGGCAAUGACGGCGUGGGUAAAAGAGUGGCGCCUAUUAAACAAGAGGACUCGCAAUGCGGCACACCAGGGGACUUGUCUGUGAAGCUGGAGGAUUGUGAAGAAAGAAUUUCGGUUUUCAAAGAGGAGGAGACUGCUGACGUUAAAGUUGAAGACUCGGGAGAUGUCUCGGUUUGUCUUGAACGGCAAAACCUCGAACCUGGAGAGAGUUUCAAACGAGAGACUUCUGAAGAAUCUCAUUCCACUUUACAGCACUGGGUCACCAAAGCAGGGCAACUGGCUACUCGGCCGAAUUCUGCAGAACUGAAAUUGGAGUUUUCUGAGUUUGAAGAGAGAAUCGGUGAAGGAAACCGGACAGAUGAGGAGCGGCCGCCAUUUAGGAGUGGUGGAAUAACCUUUCAGAAGAAUUCCAGCAUCUCUACAUCUUCAUUUGCUGAGACCUCUCUUGAGUGCAGACUUCAACACAAACAGGACGAGGAGAAGAUGAAGAUGGCAACAAGAGGAUCAGAAAAUUUGACCCCUGCACCUUUCCAGUGUGGUUCCCUUCCUGCUGCCAAACACACACAGAUGGAAGCCAUCAGCACUGAGCGACAACAAGUAUAUAGUACAGACCAAGAAGCGUUACACACCAGCGAGGAGUGUGGCAAAACGUUUAAAAACGUAUCAGACUGUAAAGAUGUGUCCGUUCAUUCAACUAAGAAAUCGUAUGUCUGUCCUGAAUGUGGUAAACUCUUUCUGCAGCGAAGCAGUCUAAACAGACAUAAAAGAAAUCACGCUGGAGGGAAAAAACCCUGUUGUGCAGAGUGUGGAAAACGAUUCUCUAGUAACAGUGCUCUUCAGCAGCAUGCACGCGUUCAUACUGGAGAGAAGCCAUACAGCUGUGCCGAGUGUGGUAAAAGAUUUUCUUAUAAAAGCAAUCUUCAGAGUCAUUCAAAAAUUCACAGUGGACUCAAACCUUAUUGCUGCACUGAAUGUGGUAAGGGGUUCUCAAUAUUAAGUGGUUUUCGUAACCACGUAAGAAUUCACAGCGGAGAGAAGCCUUAUGGUUGCAGUGAAUGUGGCAAACGGUUCAUACUGAAAAGCGGCCUACGCAAUCACAUCAGAAUUCACACUGGAGAGAAACCUCACUGUUGUUUAGAAUGUGGCAAACGAUUCCUUGAUGGCAGCUCUCUUCAGAAGCACACGCGGAUUCACACUGGAGAAAAGCCGUACGUGUGUUCACAAUGUGGUAAAGGAUUCACUGAUAAUAGCUCUCUUCGGAGUCACAUGCAAAUUCAUACUGGGGAGAAGCCACACUGCUGUGCCGAAUGUGGCAAACGAUUCUCUAAACCGAACUCUCUUCGGCAGCACACACAAAUUCAUACUGGAGAGAAGCCAUAUUUCUGUCCUGAAUGUGGUAAGCGAUUUUCACAAAGAAGAGGCCUUAAGUACCACUUAAGCAAUCACGCUAAAGAGAAGAGAAUCAAGGCUAAGCCGGCAGUGAGAAAACAGCAACGGAUACUGUGCCGGGGCACGGAGAAUGACAAGUCUUAUCAAGAGAAACUUCCGGGAUUUCUCGUCUCCCUGCCUAUUACCAUCACUCUGUGCAAACUGCAAGAAGAGGCAGCAGAAGGGACAGUUCAGGUACUGCAGCAAGGUCGUGCUGCAAACUUACAGGAGUAGCAGUUAUGGUGGUGAAGAAGAAACGUCCUGACUAAAGCAUGACUGUUAGUGCAUUAAACACUCAUUUGGAGGAGUUCACUCUGAUAAAAUCCUCAUUGGUGUCCUGAAUGAAAAGUUUCUUACAAAAAGGUACACUUCAAUAGCACGCGAGAAUUCAUACUGGACAAACACCGGGUUCAGAACAGCUCUAUGUGUUUUGUUUUUUUUGGAUGGAUAUUGUCAGGUUCCAUGAAUGCUUUGCACUGGUUCAUUCGCCUAUGCAAUGGGUGUCAAACUCCAGGCCUGGAGGGCCGCAGUGACUGCAGGUUU